AUGAAUUUGAGGCGGAAUGAUUCUCGGCUGUGAGAAGACAUCCCUGACCUGAACCUGAUCACGACCUCUUAAACCACCGCUCACUGACUGGAGCUCAGAUUAACAGCUACGGUGAGACGAUCUCCCCUAGAAGCUCCGUAAAGAUAAGGGCUCGAUCAUGACAGAUGCUGAUGACUUCUGUCCUACAGCAGAAGAUGGAGCUGAGAGCGAUCAGCAGCAUCCUCUCAUUCUCCAGAGAGUCCAGGAAGAACCCAAAAGCUGGCAAACCGGCGUGUCAAACCGGCUCAAAAAGAACUGCUCGUGCACUCCAAAGAAAGCUAAAUCCAAAAUACUGGGUUUCGUCCCGAUUGUAAAAUGGCUGCCUCGCUACCAGCUGAAAGAAUGGAUUCUGGGCGACGUCAUGUCUGGACUUAUUGUAGGAAUCCUAUUGGUCCCUCAGUCCAUAGCUUACUCCCUAUUGGCCAGUCAGGACCCCAUUUAUGGUCUUUAUACGUCCUUUUUCGCCUCCAUCAUCUACGCACUUUUAGGCACUUCCAGACACAUUUCGGUGGGGAUCUUCGGGGUCCUGUGUUUGCUCGUGGGUCAAGUCGUUGAUAGGGAGUUAGCGUUGGCAGGAUACCUCCCAGAAAACAGCAUCUUAAGUAGCAACGACAGCUCCAUCCUGCUGGGAAAUAGCAGCUUUGGGAUGGAUUGUGACAGAAGCUGCUAUGCUAUCACCGUCGGAGCUACAGUUACUUUCACAGCUGGAGUUUAUCAGGUGCUGAUGGGUAUUUUCCAGGUGGGCUUCGUCUCCGUCUACCUCUCAGACUCUCUGCUCAGUGGCUUUGCUACCGGAGCGUCUCUGACCAUCCUCACCUCCCAGUUCAAAUACCUUCUGGGUCUGAAGAUCCCUCGUCCUCAGGGCUGGUUCACUCUCUUCAAAACGUGGUACAGCGUGCUCUCCAACCUGCAGAACACCAACGUCUGCGACCUGGUGACCAGUCUGGUGUGUUUGAUGAUCCUGUUACCGACCAAGGAGCUCAACGACCGCUUCAAAGCCAAGCUGAAGGCUCCAAUUCCCUUCGAGCUCUUCGUGGUGGUGAUAGCGACGCUGGCUUCUCAUUUUGGAAACUUCAACAUCGACUACGGUUCUGGUGUUGCUGGUACCAUCCCCACUGGUUUCCUCCCUCCUCAGAUGCCUCUUUGGUCUCUGAUCCCAAAUGUGGCCGUCGAUGCUUUCUCCAUCGCCAUCGUUGGAUUCGCCAUCACCGUCUCUCUGUCCGAGAUGUUCGCCAAGAAGCACGGCUACACGGUGGACGCCAACCAGGAGAUGUACGCCAUUGGUUUCUGCAACAUCCUGCCGUCGUUCUUCCGCUGCUUCACCACCAGUGCAGCGCUGACGAAGACGCUGGUGAAGGAGUCGACCGGAUGCCAGACGCAGAUCUCAGGGAUCAUCAGUGCCCUCGUCCUGCUGCUGGUGCUGCUGGUCAUCGCACCGCUCUUCUACUCCCUGCAGAA